AUGGCGGAAUCAUUAAGUUUGCAAAGAGAUAUUAAUAGAGUGUUGGAGUUAUUGGAAAUACUUCAGAGAUGUCCCGAAAUACAACCAUCAAAGUUAGCAGCUCUACAGCGUAUACUACAGUCAGACUUUUGCGACAUGAUUCGUGAAGUUUAUGAACAUAUAUACACAACUGUUGAUAUUAAUGGGUCAGAAGAGGUGAAAGCAAGUGCAACAGCUAAAGCUACUGUUGCAGCUUUUGCCGCAAGUGAGGGACACGCUCAUCCACGUGUUAUAGAACUACCAAAAACUAAUGAAGGCCUAGGUUUCAAUGUUAUGGGUGGUAAAGAACAAAACUCACCUAUUUACAUAAGUCGGAUUAUUCCUGGUGGUGUUGCAGAUCGUCAUGGUGGUUUAAAACGUGGUGAUCAGUUGCUUUCAGUUAAUGGAAUUUCUGUGGAGAGUGAACAUCAUGAAAGAGCUGUUGAACUUUUGAAAUUAGCACAAGGUACUGUGAAACUUGUCGUAAGGUAUACACCACGUAUUCUUGAAGAGAUGGAAGCACGCUUUGACAAACAGAAAGCUCGACGUCGACAACUUAAUUAA